CGAGUUUAGACCGAUACUCGUGAGAAACUUGUGCAAAACUUUUCCAAUUAAAAAAAAGAAAAUGUGAUUCGAUUAUCACGCAAUAAUUUUCGCGUAUUUUAUCAUGAAUGCGUCUUCGCCAAGCGCCCUUGCGAUAGAGACCUUUUGUGAACUUAAAACGUUUUACAAUGCGUACAGGAGUAUCCACGGUUAUCUAAGCAUAAUGGUGUGUGUCUUUGGAUCAGUCGCCAAUAUUUUGAAUGUAUGCGUUUUGAGCAGGCGAGAAAUGCGCUCGCCUACCAAUUCGAUUCUGCGAGGAUUAGCUGUUGCGGAUUUACUAGUGAUGAUUGAGUACAUUCCCUUUUCGUGUCAUGUUUACCUAGAUCCAGACGCGAGGUCCACGGCGAACUAUUUUUCGUACGGCUGGGCGCUUUUUAUGACUUUCCACGCGAUGUUCGGCCAAGUUUUCCACUUCAUCUCAAUUUGCUUAACGGUGAUUUUGGCGAUAUGGCGCUUUAUAAUUAUAACGACGUCGCACAAAAACAAAGGUUGGUGCACGCCACGAAGAACCGCCGUCACCAUAAUUCUCACCUACUUGUUGUGCCCGCUCGUCUGUCUACCGCUGUACAUUUCGCUAGAGAUCACAGAGCAGGCGACCCUCGUUAACGCUUCAGGAAGAAUUAUUCCCAAAAGGCUUCUAGCAAAUUACACCGAGGAAAAAUACAACGCGACGCUGUACGUGUUAAAUUACGGAAACUUUAAGGAAGUGAGCUUUUGGGUUUACGGCGUAGUAAUAAAGCUCGUCCCUUGUAUUUUAUUAACGAUAUUAUCACAGCGAAUUAUAUCGGCUUUAAUUGAAGCGAAGCAGCGAAGAAGAAAUCUUUUGGGAAGUAACGCGAAGCCAGCGAAGCUAGCGAGACAAAAUAAGCAGCAGCAAACGGAUCGGACUACUAAAAUGCUACUGGCAGUUCUACUCCUAUUUUUAAUUACAGAGUUUCCGCAAGCCAUACUCGGACUUCUUAGUGUUUCGAUCGGUCCCGAAUUUGAGAUGCAAUGCUACAAUCCUCUAGAUAAAGUUAUUCUUUGUGCUAGUUGGUGCCAAACCUACUUUCACACGAAGUGCGUUAAAGUCAGUGACGAUGAGGUUAAAUUUAUUAAUUCAAAAAAGAGCUUUAAUUGGUUCUGUGACCUCUGCGCUAUCCACGAAUCACACAGCCUCAGGAAUAUCUUGACUAACAUUAACAAAGUGACGAUGAACUGGGACAGAGUUAUGGAAAGUCAGCACGAGAAACUGAUGAACCAUGAGAAGCUAUUAAAGGAUACUUUAGACCAGGUAAAUACCCAAAAUGUCAGCAUCAGCAAGGAUCUAGCGCAAGUUCUCCAAACUCAAUCUGAAGUGAAGCUUACGUAUGCGGACAAGAUGAAACAGAAAACCUAUGACCCAGUUAUCAUCGUUAAGCCCAAGGACGCGAACCAACCCUCCAAGAAAACCUUCACCACCCUCAAAGAAAAUAUCGAUCCAAUUACCCGAGAAGUUACCGGAAUGAAGACUCUACGUAGAGGAACCAUUGUUGUUGAAUGUAAAAAUAAAAAAGCUGCAGCCAAACUUAAGGAGGAAGCCGAAACGAAACUGGGAUCCGACUACAUUCUUUCAUUACCGAAACAGAAGAUGCCGAAGAUUAAAAUCGUAGGCCUCAAUGACAAGAUCGGGAGUACCCAAAUGAAGGAAAUGAUUCUUGCGCAGAAUCAAUUCCUCGACGAAGCCGCGUACAUAAACGUCGUACACAUAACGGAAGAUAAAAGAAAUCCUAACAGGUAUUUGGCUUACGCUGAGGUUGACGGUAAUAGUUACCGGAAAAUUCUAAGUGAACAGAAGCUCAACAUAGGGUGGGACCGUUGCAGAAUUUAUGAUGCUGUGACAACUAGAAGAUGCUACAGUGCAAUGGGUUCGGACAUAAGGCAACUGACUGUAGCAAAACUACUACCUGCCCCAAAUGUGCGGGAGACCAUGACCUAG